AUGAGGUUUGCUGUUGAGGAGAUUAAUAACUCCACCACUCUUCUGCCCAAUGUUUCUCUGGGCUAUGAAAUUUUUGACUAUUGUUCUAAUACAAAAAAUAUAAAUUCAGUCUUAAGUUUCAUCUCAAAGAAUGGCUCAGUAAAACCUAAAGAAAAACUCAACAACUAUCAGCCUAAAGUGAUAGCUUUAACAGGACCAUUUGGAAGCACAAGAACUAUUACUAUUGCACCACUGCUAACAAUGGACCUAAUACCACUGGUGAAUUAUGGAGCUGCUAGCUAUGCGUUAAGCAAUAAACUUCAUUAUCCUUCUUUUGUAAGAACAGUCCCUAGCAACAAAGACAUGAUAGAGAUGAUUAUUCAAAUCAUACGGUGGUUUGGAUGGAACUGGGUUGCCUUUCUUGGUAGCAAAGAUGAUUACAGUUCAGAUGGACUAAAGCUGUUUAAUGAGUUUGUAAAAAAUACUGGUAUUUGUUUGGCCUAUCAAGAGGGUCUAAGUCUAAAUGCAAACUACAGUCUAACGGUUAAAAAAAUUGAUAGGCUCAACAUCAAUGUCAUUGUUGUUUUCGCUGUGGCACAAUAUGCAAGCAAAAUUAUCAAAGCAGCCAUAGCGAACAACAUCCAAGAAAAAGUAUGGAUUGCAAGUCAUGCAUGGGCUCUGAAUCAACAGCUUCCAAGAGAGCCAGGAAUUGAGAAAAUUGGCACAGUCAUUGGAAUUACUGACAGACUGUUGUCAUUCCCCGGAUUUAGUGAAUUUGUCUAUAAAGCUAGAGCAACAACUGAUGUUGGCUAUGAUGUUGCUGAGGGUGAAGUCAAAAGUAAGACAUGUAAUCAAGUUUGUGAUUACUGCUCAUUACUGACUGCAGAGGAGAUUAUAAACGAGAAUCCCUCAUUCUCCUUUGGCAUCUAUGCUGCCAUAUAUACGAUAGCUCAUGCAUUACAUAAAGUUCUGCAGUGUGACAUCAAUGAAUGCCAGAAAAAUACAAUGGCCAAGCCAUAUAUGCUUCUGGGAGAGAUAAAGAAAUUGGAUUUUAUACUCAAUGGCCGUGAGGUGAAAUAUGAUGAGAAUUAUGAUCCAACCAUCAGUUAUGAUUCUGUGCUCUGGCGCACUGAUGUGAAUCCUCCACAGUUUCUUAUGGUGGGCACAUAUGAUAAACAUCCAGAAAUUACUUUUACCAUGGACAACUCUCUCCUGCCCUGGCAUAACAAUGGUUCUGUUCCUUUCUCAAACUGCUCUGUUGAGUGUAAGGUGGGACAUUCAAGAAAAACUGAAGGUUUUCAUAGUUGCUGUUUUACGUGUAAAAAAUGCCCGCCUAACAGCUAUGUGGAUUUUUCUCGUAAGUACCUCAGGUGGAAGUCAAUGACAAUUUGAUAUUUAAAAUGAGAGU